CGGUCCUUCCUGUGACACGACCCUUGAGUGACAGUUCUAUUUGAUUGCCUCCAGUACUGUGAGGAAAGGACACGACUCUAUGGUGAGGACUGAUGGACAUACAUUAUCUGAGAAAAGAAACUACCAGAGCAGAAGAAUUUCAUCGUUUAUCAUGUUCUGGUUGGACUCCUUUCUUAUCGUUUGCUGGAGUUUGAACUUCAGAACUAUGGUGUCAACCCUGCUGUAAUAUCUCAGGGGAACUCCUAGUGUGGGGCUGGUGCCAUGGCUCACCCUCCAACCUUUCCUUCUUCACUUCAGCCUCCAGCUCUGAGCUUUCAAAUCCCCAGAGUAGCAAAUGUUGAAAGAACUUGCACAGGUGACAAACAGCAUGUUUGGUGCUUCAAGAAAGAAGUUUGUAGAGGGGGUCGACAGUGACUACCAUGAUGAAAACAUGUACUACAGCCAGUCUUCUAUGUUUCCACAUCGGUCAGAAAAAGAUAUGCUGGCAUCGCCAUCUACAUCAGGUCAGCUGUCUCAGUUUGGGGCAAGUUUAUACGGGCAACAAAGUGCACUAGGCCUUCCAAUGAGGGGGAUGAGCAACAAUACCCCUCAGUUAAAUCGCAGCUUAUCACAAGGCACUCAGUUACCGAGCCACGUCACGCCAACAACAGGGGUACCAACAAUGUCACUUCACACGCCUCCAUCUCCAAGCAGGGGUAUUUUGCCUAUGAAUCCUAGGAAUAUGAUGAACCACUCCCAGGUUGGUCAGGGAAUUGGAAUUCCUAGCAGAACAAAUAGCAUGAGCAGUUCAGGGUUAGGUAGCCCCAACAGAAGCUCGCCAAGCAUAAUAUGUAUGCCAAAGCAGCAGCCUUCUCGACAGCCUUUUACUGUGAACAGUAUGUCUGGAUUUGGAAUGAACAGGAAUCAGGCAUUUGGAAUGAAUAACUCCUUAUCAAGUAACAUUUUUAAUGGAACAGACGGAAGUGAAAAUGUGACAGGAUUGGACCUUUCAGAUUUUCCAGCAUUGGCAGACCGAAACAGAAGGGAAGGAAGUGGUAAUCCAACUCCAUUAAUAAAUCCCUUGGCUGGCAGAGCUCCUUAUGUUGGGAUGGUAACAAAACCAGCAAAUGAGCAAUCCCAAGACUUUUCAAUACACAACGAAGAUUUUCCGGCAUUACCUGGUUCCAGCUAUAAAGAUCCAACAUCAAGUAAUGAUGACAGUAAAUCUAAUUUGAAUACAUCUGGCAAGACAACUUCAAGUACAGAUGGACCCAAAUUCCCUGGCGAUAAAAGUUCAACAACACAAAAUAAUAAUCAGCAGAAAAAAGGGAUCCAGGUGUUACCUGAUGGUCGGGUUACUAACAUUCCUCAAGGGAUGGUGACGGACCAAUUUGGAAUGAUUGGCCUGUUAACAUUUAUCAGGGCAGCAGAGACAGACCCAGGAAUGGUACAUCUUGCUUUAGGAAGUGACUUAACAACAUUAGGCCUCAAUUUGAACUCUCCUGAAAAUCUCUACCCCAAAUUUGCAUCACCCUGGGCAUCUUCACCUUGUCGACCUCAAGACAUAGACUUCCAUGUUCCAUCUGAGUACUUAACGAACAUUCACAUUAGGGAUAAGCUGGCUGCAAUAAAACUUGGCCGAUAUGGAGAAGACCUUCUCUUCUAUCUCUAUUACAUGAAUGGAGGAGACGUAUUACAACUUCUAGCUGCAGUAGAGCUUUUUAACCGUGAUUGGCGAUACCACAAAGAAGAACGAGUAUGGAUAACCAGGGCACCAGGCAUGGAGCCAACAAUGAAAACCAAUACAUAUGAGAGGGGAACAUAUUACUUCUUUGACUGUCUUAACUGGAGGAAAGUAGCUAAGGAGUUCCAUCUGGAAUAUGACAAAUUAGAAGAACGGCCUCACUUGCCAUCCACCUUCAACUACAACCCUGCUCAGCAAGCCUUCUAAAAUGACUUCCCUUUUCUUGGGGUAUGGCUGUCUCAGCACAAUACUCAACCUAACUGCAGAACUGAUGUGGCUCAGGCACCCUGGUUUUAAUUCCUUGAGGAUCUGGCAAUUGGCUUACGCAAAGGGUCACCAUUUAAGGUCCUGCCUUACUAAUUAUGUGCUGCCCAACAACUAAAUUUGUAAUUUUUUUUUUCUAGUUUGAGCAGGGUCUGAAUUUUUUCCUUUAUUUUCUUUUUUGCCAGCAGACAGACUUAAGUCUGUAAAGACAACAAGCAAGUACACUGACAGAGGUUUACCAUUUAGUUUCUUAAAUGUAAAAAAAACAAAACAAAAAAAAACCAAAAAAACCCACAAAAGACUCUACAAAAUUAGACCACAAAAUUCGCAUUGUUCAUUGUAGCACUAUUGGUAAUAAAAUAACAAAUGUUUGUGCAUUUUUAUGUGAAGAUCCUUCUCGUAUUUCAUUUGGAAAGAUGAGCAAGGUCUGCUUCCUUCAUUUUACUUCCCGUUCUGUUUUUGAAAGGCAGUUGCGCCAAUCUUAAAUGCAAGAAUAUCUGACUGUUGAGAAGAAAGAUAUUGCCACAAUCUCUGGAUGGUCUCCAGGGUUGUGCUAUUACUGAGCUUCAUCUUUCCAGAAUGAGCAAAACACUGUCCAGUCUUUGUUACGAUUUUGUAAUAAAUGUGUACAUUUUUUUUAAAUUUUUGGACAUCACAUGAAUAAAGGUAUGUAUGUACGAAUGUGUAUAUAUUAUAUAUAUGACAUCUAUUUUGGAAAAUGUUUGCCCUGCUGUACCUCAUUUUUAGGAGGUGUGCAUGGAUGCAAUAUAUGAAAAUGGGACAUUCUGGAACUGCUGGUCAGGGGACUUUGUCGCCCUGUGCACUAAAGGGCCAGAUUUUCAGCAGCCAAGGACAUCCAUACCCAAGUGAAUGUGAUGGGACUUAAAGAAGUGAACUGAGACAAUUCACUCUGGCUGUUUGAACAGCAGCGUUUCAUAGGAAGAGAAAAAGAUCAAUCUUGUAUUUUCUGACCACAUAAAGGCUUCUUCUCUUUGUAAUAAAGUAGAAAAGCUCUCCUCA